CUUCAUCUAUCUAUUAACUAAAAUGGUCAAGACUUUCUUCGACGUUGCCGCUGACGGCAAACCACUAGGAAAAAUCGUGUUCUCCUUGUACGAUGACGUUCCAAAGACUGCCGAAAACUUCAGAGCCUUGUGCACUGGAGAGAAGGGCUUUGGCUACAAGGGCUCCAUCUUCCACAGAGUCAUUCCAGACUUCAUGUUGCAGGGUGGAGACUUCACCAACUUCAACGGUACCGGUGGCAAGAGCAUCUACGGCUCCAAGUUCCCGGACGAGAACUUCAACCACAAGCACUCGAAGCCGGGUCUGCUUUCGAUGGCCAAUGCUGGUCCAAACACCAACGGCUCCCAGUUCUUCAUCACGACUGUUCCAUGUUCGUGGUUGGACGGCAAGCACGUUGUCUUUGGCGAGGUUGUCGAGGGCUACGAUGUUGUCAAGGCCAUUGAGAAGCUCGGCUCUGGAUCCGGCGCCACCCGUGCCAGGAUCGAGAUCACCGACUCUGGUGAGCUGUAAGUAAUGAGUGAUUAAACGAUGGUCCUUGAUAUGUUUGUAGUAUUCGACGCGUCGAUCGGCGUGUCCGCCUGCAUUCGGGCUUUAGGUGUGUCUUCUCAUGCCGAAGAGCAAUACUUUGCCUCUUAUACUUUGGUCGCCGCAUGUCCUCGUACUCUUUAUACGACAUCCGACAGAAGACAAGAAAGCUCCAGAAUGCUUUUUCCGGCUACUCCAACCUGGAAAUACUGAUCCGGGAGGCCACCAACACGGAUCCCUGGGGCCCCACAUCCAAGCAGAAAAAUCAGCUUUGCUCGUGGAUCCUCAACUACGCCAAUCCCGAGUAUGUUUCCGACCACAUUGCGGGCUCCCAGACAGCCGAGUCUGGCCAGAGCAUCUCCAAAAAAGCCAUUGAUUUUAUAGUCCAUCGGAUCCAGGAGUACUCCGGACUGACCCGGGGGACGCAGGGCAUCUUCAACUCUCUCAAGAAGACGCUUUUAACGCGCGGGUAUGAGUUUGUCAUCAUUUCCAAGUGCCUACAGCUGCUGCAACAUCUUUUGCUGUACUGCUAUCAGGAGGAUGACGGUGUCAAGCUUUUCGACAUUGUUGACGAUAUUCGCGUAGAUCUCGAUCCUGUGGUGCAAUUGGAGCAUUACCAGGUGACGCUCAGCUACGAUGGGCUUGACUUGAAUCACGAGAAGCAGAUCAAGGAGAUGGCACGUCACGUGGUGGAGCUGGCCACCGACGAGGCGAAAUUGGCUGCUGAGCGCGAGAAGUUCCAGCCCAGUAAGAAGAUGCGGCAUAAUUCGGGCACGCUGUUCUACGAUGAGGACCAGUUCGACGUGGGACGCUCGGACGCGCUGCGGCUCGAGGAGGACCAGGACCCAUUUGCCAGGUCGCGGAUUUCGACGCUGUCCAGCAACGUAGCGCGGUAUCUGCCGGGGUCGCCGGGCCACCGCAAGUCGCGGUCAUCGGGGGGGAUUAGUCUGGCGUCGCAGAAUUACACGCAUUCGAGCUACCAUGACGAUUUUAACGAAACUCACGAGCAUAACGAGAAUGACGAGAAUGACGAUGUUCCGCGCGAAAUGAGACAGGAGCAGACCCAGAACGAGCACCCGGAUGCAAGCCAGAACCUCCUGAUCGAUUUAAAUAGUUGAGUAUCUAUUAUCAUUAUG